AUGGCUUCAAAUGACGAUAAAAGAAAGGCAUCUAACGCUAGCCAGGACCAAAAAGAAAAGAAACGCAAAGAGUCCAUUCUAGACCUCUCAAAGUACCUGGAAAAAACAAUCAGAGUCAAAUUCGCAGGGGGCCGCGAGGCUAGCGGCAUCCUAAAAGGCUACGACCCUUUGCUAAACCUCGUACUGGACAAUACUUUGGAAUAUUUGAGGGAUACGGACGACCCUUACAAAUUGACCGAAGAUACGAGGGAGUUGGGGCUAGUUGUGUGCAGGGGCACCAGCGUGGUACUUAUAUGUCCCAUGGACGGGAUGGAAUCGAUUCCCAAUCCUUUUAUAUCUCAAGAUCAAUAG